GGCUCGCUCUCUCUAUUCCAUAUCUAUCUGGGUUGCUCUUAAAUGUAUCAACGGUGUCGACUUGUCAGUAGGAGGACGUAAGGUCAUAAGCGGUACCAGAAGUGCAACUCUAUAUAUUCAUUUCCUGAGAAGCACUGAAGACAAUAUGCUCUACAUAGAUGAUACAGGCUCUUUUAACGGGACCAGAAGUCCUGCCACCAAGAUGGGCCUCCAGCGCAUUCCACUGGUCUUGUUGGCAUGCGGCUCCUUCAACCCCAUCACCAACCAGCACAUGAGGCUGUUUGAGCUGGCCAGAGAUCACAUGCACGGCACCGGUCAGUACCAGGUGGUCGGCGGGAUAGUGUCUCCAGUUAGCGACGGCUAUGGGAAACAGGGCCUGGUCCAGUCCAAGCACAGAAUAGCCAUGGCAAAGCUGGCACUGCAGACCUCUAACUGGGUCACGGUUGAUGACUGGGAGAGCCGUCAGCCGGACUGGACUGAAACGGUGGUGACUCUGAGGCACCAUUAUGGGCGUAUUCAGAAAGAGUACCAGCAGAGAACUGGCUCCGAUGGAAACACUCCUUCCAUCUUAAGUCCUCAGUUAAAGCUCCUCUGCGGGGCUGACUUCCUUGACACCUUUGAAAUCCCAGGUAUGUGGCUGGAUGAGCACGUGGAGGAGCUGGUCGGACGUUUCGGCCUUGUCUGCGUGAGUCGCGGGGGACUACAGCCUGAGAGAGCCAUACAUGAGUCCGACAUCCUCUCUCGCCACAAGAGGAACAUUUUCCUGGUGAGAGAAUGGGUCCGGAAUGAAACCAGCGCCACGGAGGUCCGCCGAGCUCUGAGGAGGGGACUGAGCGUGAAGUACCUGAUUCCCGAUGCGGUGAUCGAAUAUAUCCACCAGCACCAGCUAUACACGGAGGACAGCGAGCGCAGGAAUAAGGAUGCCGUGCUGAGGCCUCUGGCCAAGCAGGCACAGCAGCCAGUGGAGAGUCUGGAUGACUGACAGAGCGUAGCUGCUGCUGCUGCGAUACAUCACUGGAGUUAUUCAAGUGUGAAUUCCACCACAGAUCUGUGCUUCUCUUCUGGGAAUGAAGGCUCUCUUUGCUUCCACCUCACUGCAGUCUGGCUGAGAUUUGAACCAUUUGUCUUCUAAGAUGGCUUAGUUUGGGAGUGCGUUGUAGGGCCAUCAUUUUCCAUAUAAAUUUGGGACGUUUCAUAACAUAGUGGGGAGUAUUUUCUUGACUAUUUUCAAAAUUGGGGGUUAACUAUGAUGGCAUUCAAAACACUUCAAAACGUGUGUGCUCUGUUUUAUUACUUUUCCACAUUUCCAAACUUGUGCUGCUUCUCAAAUGUGUGAAAUAAAAUGGCGUGUUGAA